AUGAUUGCAUCUACAUUUGCCCCAAGCCUGUCACGGAGGGACACAGCCAAGUCCACUGGCGGAUAUGACAAUGCACAUGGAAGCAUCCCACCAGUGACAAGCGGCGGAGGUCCCUUUGGCCCACAGAGCGCCACAGCGAUAUAUCAACAAAUUCACGACAUGGCUACGAAGCGGAUUUCGACUCUGGGCUACCUGAGAAAGGCCCUCGAGGGCCGUGUUUACUGGUUCAAUACUGUACACUUUUCCCGAGCAGACAUCAAUCGCAUGCCAUAUUUCGAAGCCCGAAAGCUCUCCCGCCGAGCCGUCAACUAUCUCCUCCUCGGCCUAUCCCUCCCACCAAUCCUGGACGUCAACUCGACUCCCUUCGAGUACAUGCGAGCCUUGAACGCCCUCCUCCUCGAAUUCGACGCAUACCAACAAGUCCACCCGCCAGACGGCAGUUCCUCAUCCAGUCUCGCCCGAGCACGUAUACCCCAAAUGUUCAAGAGAGCCGCACACGCCGGCACCAAGACUCGAAGGGCCAGCUCGGCCACCGAAAUCGGGUUACCCAUGCAAACAAGCGAUCCCUCUGAUCUGAAAAGUGCCGCGAAUAACAUUUCGCCCGCCAACGCGGCCGCAGCCUCGAUUAUCUCCUUCCCCCUCACCGAGUCCUCUGACCUCCUCCCCGGUGAAGAAUACACGUACCUCUUGACGCCCUCGUUGCCAUUUGAGCCGGAUUUCUUUGAGACCUUCGCUACGCUUUGCGAUGUGCUGAUUGAUUGCUACACGAGGAUUCUGAGCUUGGUUUCGUCCCCUUCGACUUGUACGGUGGGGCUUGGGGAGUUAUUCUCUAAAGCGGAUGCUAAACUGCGCAAGAUCAUGGUUGCCGGUGCGGUGCGGGAGUUCGAGGACGCAAGUCGGAAUAACGUCAAGAAUGAAGUUUCUGGCGUCAAUCGGGUGGUGCUUGGUGGAUUGAUGGGUUGA